CACACUUACUUCCUCAAUUUAUGCAAGUAAAUGCGUGCCCUCAGUAUAGACUGGUUAUUGCAGCAUAGCUGACUAGCUAGCUAUAUAACUUAUUGAUUGCAUUUCUAGCUAGGUCCAUCGUUUGGCUCUUUGAUCUUUUCUUGAAUUAAACAACAUCUCUCUAGAAACAUGAUCCCAGAGCUGUCCAGUCCCUCAGUGUGUAUGAAGGACCCUCCCAGGGUGGAGGAGAUCAUCAAGACCAUGCAGAAGGCUGGCACCAGCAAGAUUCAGGUCAUUUCAGACUUUGACAUGACCCUCACACGGUUUGCCUACAAUGGGAAGCGGUGCCCUACCAGUCACAAUAUCCUGGACAACAGCAAGCUCAUCAGUGAGGAGUGCAAAGCACAGCUGAAGGACCUGCUCAACACAUAUUACCCCAUAGAGAUCGAUUCCAAACGGACAGCGGAGGAGAAGCUGCCCCUCAUGGUGGAGUGGUGGACUAAAGCCCAUACUCUUCUGGUGCAGCAGCGCAUCAGGAAAGACCUGCUGCAGGAUGUGGUGAAGGAGUCCGAUGCUAUGCUCAGGGAGGGCUACCAGCUGUUCUUUGACCACCUGCAGGAGCACAGCAUCCCUCUGCUCAUCUUCUCUGCUGGGCUAGGAGACGUGCUGGAGGAGGUGAUCCGCCAGGCCGGGGUCUUUCACCCCAACGUCAAGGUCUUCUCCAACUACAUGGACUUUGAUGAGACUGGAGUGCUGAAGGCGUUCAAAGGGGAGCUGAUCCACAUCUAUAACAAGAGGGAGGGAGCUCUGCUGAACACGGGCCACUUCCAGGAGCUCAAGUCACGCCACAACGUCCUGCUGUUGGGAGACUCUCUGGGGGACCUGACCAUGGCUGAUGGGGUGCACAGCAUGGAGAACAUCCUCAAGAUCGGCUUCCUCAACGACAAGGUGGAGGAGAGGAAGACGUCCUACCUGAAUGCUUAUGACAUCGUGCUGGUGAAGGAUGAGACCAUGGAAGUGCUGAACGCCCUGCUGCUCCACCUCACCAGCACCAAGUGACCUGACCAUGAACUUCAUCUCACUGGCCAAUCAGUAACGAGCCUUCCGACGCUACAGGAAGUAUGUCGUACUGGUUUAGGAAGCUCUUGCUCAGGAAGUGCCAGUAGUCAGAUACCAUGAGUCAAGUCAGAAUGGUAUUGUUUUUUGUUUGUCUUUUACUAAUGGCUGUUUGUGUGGGCCGCUGGGAUGGAUCCCAGACUGUGUUUUGGAGUCUCCCUUCCACGCUCCUCCAGUUGAAUCCUUGUUGAACACUUACAACUUGAGAGCAACAUCCUUUACAGUCCUACAAUUUGAUUCGAUUUACUCGACAACCCUACUGUCACAUUCUGAAUUGUUUAUGAACCGCCAAUAGUCCAACUGAAAUGGGACAGGAAAACUAGGUGACUUCCCCAUCUGGUAAAUGUGUAUUGGGUUCGUCGGGAGAGAAAUGUUACUGGUGAUAUGUCUACAUAUGAGGAAUAUGCAGUAGCAGUCAAAAGUUUGGACACACCUACACAUUCAUGGGUUUUUCUUUAUUUUUACUAUGUUCUACAUUUUAGAAUAAUAGUGAAGACAUUCAAACUAUGAAAUAACACAUUUGGAAUCAUGUAGUAACCAAAAAAGUGUUAAACAAAUCAAAAUAGAUUUGAGAUUCUUCAAAGUAGCCACCCUUUGCCUUGAUGACAGCUUUGCACACUCUUGGCAUUCUCUCAACCUGCUUCACCUGGAAUGCUUUUCCAACAGUCUUGAAGGAGUUCCACAUAUGCUGAGCACUUGUUGGCUGCUUUUCCUUUACUCUGAGGACCAACUCAUCCCAAACCAUCUCAAUGGAGUUGAGGUUGGGUGAUUGUGGAGGCCAGGUCAUCUGAUGCAGCACUCCGUCACUCUCCUUUUUGGUCAAAUAGUCCUUAGACAGCCUGGAGGUGUGUUGGGUCAUUUUCCUGUUGAUAAAUACAUGAUAGCGCAAACCAGAUGGGAUGACGUAUCGCUGCAGAAUGCUGUGGUAGCCAUGCUGGUUAAGUGUCCCUUGAAUUCUAAAUAAAUCACAGACACCAAAACACCAUCACACCACCUCCUCCAUGCUUCACGGUGGGAACCACACAUACAGAGAUCAUCUGUUCUCACAAAGACAGCCUAAUUGCUCGUGUUUUUGGUCCAAAGCAAAUCUCUUCUUAUUGGUGUCCUUUAGUAGUGUAUCUUUGCAGCAAUUCGACCAUGCAGUCUCCUCCUCCUGAUUCAUGCAGUUGAUGUUGAGAUGUGUGUUACUUGAACUCUGGGAAGUAUUUAUUUGGGCUGCAAUUUCUGAGGCUGGUAACUCUAAAGAACUUAUCCUCUGCAGCAGAGGUAACUCUUGGUUUUCCUCUCCUGUGGCGGUCCUCAUGAGAGCCAGUUUCAUCAUAGCGCUUGAUGCUUUUUGGGACUGCACUUGAAGAAACUUUCAAGGUUCUUGAUAUUUCAUCAUCUUCAUAUUUUAAAACAAUAAUGGAUUGUCAUUUCUCUUUGCUUAUUUGAGCUGUUCUUGCCAUAAUAUGGACUUGGUCUUUUACCAAAUAGGUCUAUAUUCUGUAUACCACCCCUACCUUGUCACAACACAACUGAUUGGCUCAAACGCAUUAAGAAGGAAAGAAAUGCCACAAAUGAACUUUUAACAAAGCACACCUGUUAAUUGAAAUGCAUUCCAGGUGACUACCUCAUGAAGCUGGUUGAGAGAAUGCCAAGAGUGUGCAAAGCUGUCAUCAAGGCAAAAGGUGGCUACUAUGCAGAAUCUCAAAUAUAAAAUAUAUUUUGAUUUGGUUAAUACAUGAUUCCAUGUGUUAUUUCAUAGUUUUGAUGUCUUCACUGUGUCCAAACUGUUGUAUGGAUCUAGAUGUUGUUGUCUUCUCUUUAUAGAUGAAAGGUGAAGGAGUUACAGUUUGUUUGUCUUGUGGGACAUAUCUUUGUUAUAUAAAGGGAAAGAAGACAGGAUAAAGGUCAAAUCUAACUGUACUUUUACCUUGUCAGUUUGAAACGCCACGCCAGUGUCUUAUCUCAGUGUUCUAUACACACUGUCUUUUUUUUUGUUUCGUAAGACUUUGUUCUCCCUUUUUUUCUUGAAAAGUGUCUAUUCUAUGAGAGUGACUACAGUAAAUUAUGUUCAUGAUAGACGCUUAUUUACUUUCGGAUCUUAAUAACAAACUACUGUUUUAUGUGGAUGUCAUCAGUAUGGAAUCUGAUGAUACUGUGCCUCGGUAUUAUGGCAUAGGUUUGUGUGCGUGGCUACGUUUUACAAUGGACUUUUUUGGCGCCACAGUGCCACCAUGUGGUCAAAGUAAUAGUAAUUCGAGCCAUGUGUAUAUAUUGACAUUUACAGUAUCACUCCAUGCUGGUCUCAAACAAUCCAUCCACCUUCAGCCUUAAUACAUUGAAAGUACAUGAGUCCUUGAAUAUUUGGCGUGUUUGUAUUUUCUCUGAAAUGCCAUCACUUUCUGUAAAACAGUGUCGUUUUGAUUAUGUUUGAUCUUUUAGAGGCCAAUAGUUGCCUUUUUUUCGAGUCCUGUGAAAGCAAUGGUUGACCAAUUUGGUCUAUGGUGAAGAACAUCUGAAUAUUUAGUACUUUUAAUUUUUUUGUAUGAUGGCAAAACAUUUCAUUGCCACAUAAACAGAGGUUUUUAGUUCUUGGUAAAGCCAUGGCAUCUGAUUCUAUUGCUAUUAUUAGUAUGUUUAGCCAAAUUAUAGUUUCACCCAGUUACAUGUUUAAAGAUUUGAAGUGGAACUCCAUUCAUAUUAAAUGGUGAUGUCACUGGUACAGUGCGCAAGAAUCAGGUCAUACAUUUCUCUUGUGACGUGUGUUACUGAGGGGACAGUGUCAACUACAACCUCUACUGAGUGUCACUAGAUUGUAUUUUUUUGCCUGUAUGAGAUAUGUAGGCAUAACAGGAUAUCCUCUCCACAACUGUAAAUAAAAUGUGGCCACGGAACCCUCGUUUCAUUUCA